AUGGGUAACUACUCGAAAGCACUUGGAUUUUACGAAAAAACACUUAAAAUCUUCGAAAAAGCUCUGCCUCCGAAUCAUCCUCAAUUGGCUCAAUCCUACAACAACAUUGGUGAAAUAUAUAGAAACAUGGGUAACUACUCAAAAGCACUUGGAUUUUACGAAAAAACACUUAAAAUCUUCGGAAAAGCUCUGCCUCCGAAUCAUCCUCAUUUGGCUACUUCCUACAACAACAUCGGUCUAGUGUAUUGCAACAUGGGUGACUACCCGAAAGCACUUGGAUUUUACGAAAAAGCACUUAAAAUCUUCGAAAAAGCUCUGCCUCCCAAUCAUCCCUUAUUGGCUACUUCCUACAACAACAUCGGUCAAGUGUAUAACAACAUGGGUGACUACCCGAAAGCACUUGAAUUUUUCGAAAAAAAAGCACUUAAAAUCUUCGAAAAAGCUCUGCCUCUCAAUCAUCCCUCAUUGGCUACUUCCUACAACAACAUUGGUGAAGUAUAUAGAAACAUGGGUGACUACCCGAAAGCACUUGAAUUUUUCGAAAAAAAAGCACUUAAAAUCUUCGAAAAAACUUUGCCUCCGACUCAUCCCGAUUUGGCUACUUCCUAUAACAAUAUCGGUCUAGUGUAUUACAACAUGGUCAACUACUCGAAGGCACUUUCUUUCCUGGAAAAGGCACUUACUAUAGCACAAAAAUCACUUCCACCUACACAUCCUCUAAUUAAAAUAAUCAUAGAUAACAUUAACCGCUUAAAAAAGAUGUGA